AUGAAUACAUGUACUACUUGUCAGCACCAAUUACUCACAGAAGCCUUCUUUCGCAAGGGCAAACUUCUCAAAACCUGCUUUAUCUGCUUAACUAAAAAAUCUGAAAAAGCAGUGAAGCAAGUUCCAUCUGUUGACAAUAAAUUAGAAAAUCAAUUUGAAAAUAAGAUGGAGGAGAUUAUUUUUACUGAUAUUAUUGAAUAUAUCUCAAAUAAAAUCGCUAAUCUUGAGCAGGAUGCCAGACUUUUUUUUAACUUAUGCGUUAAGCUUAAUGAUGAUACAUUGAUCACUGCUCACCAUGAUAUGAAACUCUUGAUUACAACUGGACCUACCAUAUCGGUAUAUCAUUCUGGUAUUGCAAAAGAGAUAUCAGUAAAGCUUUGUCACAAUAUUCAGCAUGAAAAGCCUAUAGAUCUUACAACCCCACCAGAAAUAAAAUAUGAGAUCAUGGAGAACCUCUAUAUGGAUCCUGUGCAGCUUCAGACACAUCUUUGUCAAACAUUCGAUAUUUCGCAAAUUACUCCGAAGCAAAUUAAUUAUUUGUGGUCUACUUUCUGUCAGCGUUUCUCAAAUUAG